UUUCACGCUUAAGCUACCAAACUGGGUUUAUCUCUAAGCUCUGAGGCAGCCUGGAGUAUGAGGCAGGCACAAAGCUGUAUCAGCUGCACUAAAAAAGGACCUCUGGCAAGGAUAAUCACUGACUGAAAAAAAUACCAGGAGAGAUAGGGGAAGUUUGUGAUCAUUGUGAGAAAAAAAAAAAUCCGCUCAGUCAUUUUUUUUUGACCUGCCAAACUCUUCUUCAACAGAAACAUUUAGGGAAAAAAAACAAGGAAACAAGAAAUCAGCAAGGAAGAAGAUAAAACUCAUCAAAAUGUCUAAACAGCAUGCUUCAAAUGUCAGAUCUAUCCAGGCCAAUAUCAACAUCCCUAUGGGAGCAUUUCGGCCCGGAGCUGGACAGCCGCCCAAGAGAAAAGAAUAUACACCUGAUGCAGAAGAGAGUGUUCCACAAGAAUCACCAAAUGAAGAGAAGAAACAACUUCCUGGGGCAGUGAAACUUCCUGGACCAGCAGUCAAUCUCUCCGAAAUCCAAAAUAAAAAAAGUGGACUUAAAUUUGUACCUAGAGCAGAGGAACAGUAGUGGUGAUAGAAAAGGUCUGGUAUGGAGUAUGAUUGACAACCAUCAUGUGAAGAAUAGAAACCAAUUAAAUAUUUUUUAUACUUGUAUAAAGAUUUUAAACUACAUCAAUGCUAUGUACCUUCACACUACAGCAAAUACAUUAUUUGUACAUUUAUAUGCGUUGUUCAUAGGCAAGAUUUCUAAGUGAAAAAGUAUUGAAACUCCAUGUUUAAUAAUCUGGAUUGUAUUCUAUUUUAUGAAACCAAUGGCUGAAUGUUAAAAAGUAAUGGCUAAAAUAAAAAA